AUAACGACACUCCCGACUACUUUUCGAUUAAAGCGCGACCGGGGCCCACAACCUGAAGUGGUUUCGGAUAGGCUAGGCGGAAAUAACUCCAAGAAAACCGCGAAUAACUUUAAUUAAACGAAGAGAUAUAUUUGGAAAAUGUGUUUGUACUUUUACAUUUGAUAUUGUUGUUGACACUUUCAUUUAGUAGCUCAAAGGAGUAGAGAAUGAUGGGGGCAAAACAAGAGUAUGCUCAUUGGAGCAGAACAAAGUAGGGGCAAACUAGAGCACGGUGGUUACACUCAACAGAAUUUGGGAGUAGGUAUUGCAACCUCCUUAGCCAUGUGGCUUUAAAGUUUUGCGUGGCCUUAAGGAUGAGGAAAGGUGGGAGAUUGAUUUUGCGAAUUGAGCUGUAAAAGAAUGUGUUGUUAAUUGAAUUGUCAACGUUAUUUACCUUUGCGUAUUUUCACACUAAAUGAACAAAUUUGACGAUCAAGCACCAUGUUCAGUGAACUAGCAUAAACAGCUCUUCUUGUGAUUCUUGUUCUUGUGUCUUCAAUAUUGGAAGCUUGGUUAAUAAUAAUUUAAAAGAAUAGAAGGAUAAAUUAUGUAACAUCCUCCUUCCUUAUGGAUAUAGAAAUCAAAUAUAUCAAAAACAACAAAAAAAACCGUGACGCUUCUUCGUUUGAUCACGAAAAGUAUCGGUUCUUUUUGGCACCACGAGUGUGCGUCUUUUUCUGUAGAGUAAUGAUACUUUUAAGCCCCGAGACCUGACAGCAAUCAAGCUGAUCACAAGGUUGUGCCUCUUCCCAGAGGAAAACGGCCCUUAAAAUGGAUAAUCACUGGCAAAAUCAUAGAAGGACAAUGUUGACAAUUUUCAAGAUUUACUUGCUGGAGCCCUUUGAAAUUCCUAUAGGGUUUCCUGGAUUUUUUAGGAGUUUCUCCAAGAACUCCUGCAGUAAUUUAUCCAGGAAUGCCGAACGAGAUCCCUCAGAGUUUUUCGCCAAUUUUUUUACAAGCAGUUUCCUCUAGGAUACCCUUCAAAAGAUUUUUUCCCGAAAUAAUCUAGGGAUUUAUCUAGAAAUCUCUUCAAAAUAUAUAGCUGGUGCCUUUCAAAAUUGUACCAGUAACUCGGGCAGAUUACUAUUACCCUUUCGGCUUCCGAUAAACGGAUAUCUUUCGGAUAUUACAUUCAAAGGAACACCGCCGCCGGCGGCGGACGAUACGUUACGUCUGGAACGAAUGUGGACUAUGCAGUCGGCUCAUACUUACGAUAAAACGGAGCAUGGUUAAUUCACAGAAAAGGCGCAAUAUAGCGACCGAAACAUCGGAUGAAAGCUUAAGAAUCCAUUUUUGAGUUAUUCCUCCAAAGACUGAACGCCAUACCUCCCAACAUAACCAACAGUCGAAAUUCGAAGGAAUUGCUAGAAACAAAUUUGAUUUUUUUUUUUUGAGAAACGAAAGUUGAAUAAAGAUACACAUCAUACCCGCAAUGGAAUUGGAAGAAUCGUUGCACAAUUUCUUCAAAGAAAUAUUUUGAAGAGCUGAAACAUGCUCGCUCUUGGAUAGGGAUUUUAUCACAGGGUCGUUGAAGCAGCAUAGUCCUUUUCACAUUUCAAUCCUCGGAAGGAACUCGUUCACAGAGAGAACACUGAGGACAAGUAACACGUGCCCAGCGGGGAUGCACGUGUAAAGACGGAUACACACUAAAGCCUUACAAUAGGGAUGCUCAAAAACCUCAAAAAAGCUAAUUUUCGAUCACCAGUGGAGGACGAGGCAUGGAUGUUCCCUUUUGGAACACGGAAAACGAACAAAGAGGAAAGUGGUGCAAACUUAUUAAUCAAGGGCUGCGGUUUUAUAAAAGAAUCGCUACCACAAACAUCAACUUAACAAACUAUUUAUUAGUCCUGGCUCCUAUUUCUCACACUGACGUCACAUAGGGUACUUGCGCUUGUUUUCGGUGGGAUCCGGAUCCAUGGUGGUAGCGGUGUAUCGGUGUAAGCCUGGAGAGUUGGUUGGUGAUGGCAUCGGACACUUCCGGGUGUUCGUAGGUAGCCGAAAGUAGGCUUUCCAAGAUGGCCGACGUUGUAUGAAGAUCCAGUUCUUCCCGGGUUGCCGAACAAUGGAGAUGGAACGUCGCAAAUUGUUCGGAAGAUGGCGGCCUGACGGUCGCUUCGCAGCUGUUGGGCAGUGGUGAUGGCCAGAAUAUCGGAUGGCUUACCACAGGCCAAUUGGCGGUUUCCGGUCUUCGACCGGGCAAUGGAUGAAAGUGGCCAAUAUGACGGAUGGGCCAACGGGUUUCUGUCCAACUUUGGCGUAACGGAAGGAAGGUGCGCUUGCACGAAGCAGGAGGGGGGGGGGGUGUUGUCACCUCGGCCGUCCUGCGGUUUUCGGAACUUGUUCCGAAGAAAGAAAAGAAAGAAGAGAAAGGCCCGCUUGCGGACCUAUUCACAGUGAUUAGCACCCUAAUGCGACGCCAUCUUCUACCACUUGCACAAUUACAAUUCAUUUUGCACAAUUUACCUUUCUCUUUUUAAGCUUUUUCAUACAUUUCACAAAACAUUUUCGGUCGGGCACAUUUUCAGCAAAGGACUAUAAAAGAUCUUUUCAUAUAAUAAAGGCUAAUACAAUUUCACAAUUAACACCAACCGUAUUGUAAAUUUUCCAUCGAUUAUCGGACUUUUUCGUACUUUUGCCCGUACUACUAGUUUUUAAGGACAACUAGUUUUAACUUCUAUAAAAAGCAACACAUUAAUUAAUAAGUUUUAACACAUAGGAAUAUAACAAUUUUACUUUUUAACGCUUGAACUACACACGACGCGCACUUCUAAAUCUUCCACUGGUUGGAACAGAAAAGAAGCUUUCUUGGCAAUGGCUGAGUAUUUAUAAGCUAAAUUGUAAGGACGGAGUACAAAUAACAUUCCAAACAAACAUGAUAUUUGCAUACAUAGGGAAAGCCUCACCUUUUAAUGUAAACCCGUGUAAUUACAUUAGCACCAUCUAUGUAUCAAAUCAUGAUACAUUGGGCAAGCGUUUGUCAUGACACAUUGAUCAAACUGCUGCAAAGUAGUAUCACUCUUCAGAGAAAUGAGUGGAAAAAGAGCGUGAGUGCCUCACAUGUCAAACGAAUUGCGUGAUUGAUCCCUCACUCUAUGCUGUCAUUUUGGAAUUCUAGGGUGGGACAAAUAAUUGGGAUUUGCGGUGGAGCCAGCAAAUAUGCCUUUUGGAACCGAACGGUUACAUUACCCCAUCGUUCCUCUUUCAAAAUGAAAGAAUUUCAUUUGGAAACGAUGAAGUUGUCACAACUUUCUACUAACUUCAACCAUUAUCAUUCAUAGAUUAUGGUGAAUCAAAGAAAGUCUAAUAAAGUUUAGCGGCGUACCCUAUUAACCUUCGCACUUUUACAGCGAAGCAAUGGUACUCCUGCUAAACGUAACUCAUGACUAACACUGUUGUGUUGAAAACAAUCAAAGCAAGGAGGAUCGAUGUUUAUGUUUACAACGUGAUCGGUACACAGGUUCGCGAUUCCUUGUACUACGAUCUACGCUUUCCAACGAAAAAUCGCGACUAUUACGGCGAUGAAAAUUGUGUUCGACAAAAGAAUUUUCCCAGGAUGUGCACAAUCAGUGAUUCUAAAAUUCACUAUCCGGUCAACGUUCCAUUUGCUGUUCGGGAAUCAACUGGGAAGGAGAAAAUUCUUUCGCGGAGGCAAUUAUGCAACUUGCCAGUGAAACAACAUUCAUUAGGAUGAAUGGGUGGUCCGGACCAGUUUGUGUGAAUGGGUGGACUUCAGUCGUCCAAAAACGUACUGUGCACCGACGGGAUAUCUGAUAUCGCCAACUCGUCUGUCCGAGCUGGUCCCAAACGGGUACAACAGUGGAGAGCUCGUGCCAUCUGCAUCCUUGCCGGAGCUGUAGGAGCGUAUAUGAUGGACUUCGUUACGGAUUAUUUCGCUUAUGGAAUCUCAGGAUCCUCGUAGAGGCCCGAGCAGAAAUGUGUUUAUAACCUCGCUGUGAUUUACAGGAGAAAAGGCAAUAAAUUUGAUAGGUGGUCUACGUUAUUUAGUCAGAAAAGUCCCUGCAGAAAAACUAGUGAGUGGCAUCGAGUGUUACAAGGAGGGAAAUUAAACCAAUUUUUUCAGAUUUUCGUGCCGAUUCAUGUAGUGUUUUAAAGGGUUCACUUUUCUUCGCGGUUCGAGUGUAACAGACUCCCGACAGUUAUGCCUGCUACAUUUUACGACAUUCUCGCGCCGAGCAACAAAACCGUUCGCGUUUUCGACCAAUUCCUAAUUGGGUCAUAGUUCAUGUAGAUUUUUUUGAUUGACUUCCCAUCUUCCGUUGAUGCAAAGUCACGAAGAACCUUCCUGUGUUCUUCGACGCGGCAUUGACAACGAUAUGGUUAAGCUUGCAUUCGACUUUCGUUUCGUGGGUUCUGAAUACGUUUCAUUGUGUAUUUGAGUUCGCGAUUGUUUACUUUUAGAGAGGAUUCUCGUUAGAGGACUAUCAUGAUAUUCAUUCAUAGUAAUUGUUGAAUGGAACCACCACGACUGUUUUGGUUCAUUCUUCGUGUUUCGAUUUGAAUAAUUUGUUAUCCUAUGGCUAAUAUUACGCGAAAAUUCAAAAUAAUUUCGAUAUACCUAAACGAUUACAAACGAAGGGGCAGUACGCGGAUCGGUUUUGGAUAAUAAUUGAAAAUUCUUAAUCACUCGCGAGCGCUUUCGUUGUUUUUAACGCUAAAUUUGAAACAAAGAAUACAACUUCAAAACAUGCCUAUUUAAAAAAAAAUCGCUAAAUUUGUUAUUCUAGACAUGCAUACAUUUUACACUAUUACAUUUUGUAAAUAAAAUUGAAAAAAUCUAAUCGUUCGCGAACACUGACAUUACCUGUAACAGCCUGUAACGCAUAAUAUGAAGAAAAAACAACUACUUUGAAACAUGCACAUUUGAAAAUUUGCUAAAUUGGUUAUUCUAUAGAUGCAUGCACUUCACACUAGUAAAUUUUGUAAAUAUAAUUGAAAAAUCCUAAACAAGUUCUAAUUAUGGUACAGUACGAUUUAGAAUCAUGGUUCUGGUCUCAGGUUACAAGACUUCAUUGUCUGAUCCUUGAACCACAAACAAAGUACACAAAAUCUUCGUUUGGAGAACGAAUAGACUAUCAAAACAGAUCACUGUUUUUUCGCCCCUUCCGGGAAACGGAAACGAAUGGGAAUAAUGCAUUUAAGUUGGGCGCCAAUUGAAACAUGCUCGCUCUUGGAUAGGGAUUUUAUCACAGGGUCGUUGAAGCAGCAUAGUCCUUUUCACAUUUCAAUCCUCGGAAGGAACUCGUUCACAGAGAGAACACUGAUGACAAGUAACACGUGCCCAGCGGGGAUGCACGUGUAAAGACGGAUACACACUAAAGCCUUACAAUAGGGAUGCUCAAAAACCUCAAAAAAGCUAAUUUUCGAUCACCAGUGGAGGACGAGGCAUGGAUGUUCCCUUUUGGAACACGGAAAACGAACAAAGAGGAAAGUGGUGCAAACUUAUUAAUCAAGGGCUGCGGUUUUAUAAAAGAAUCGCUACCACAAACAUCAACUUAACAAACUAUUUAUUAGUCCUGGCUCCUAUUUCUCACACUGACGUCACAUAGGGUACUUGCGCUUGUUUUCGGUGGGAUCCGGAUCCAUGGUGGUAGCGGUGUAUCGGUGUAAGCCUGGAGAGUUGGUUGGUGAUGGCAUCGGACACUUCCGGGUGUUCGUAGGUAGCCGAAAGUAGGCUUUCCAAGAUGGCCGACGUUGUAUGAAGAUCCAGUUCUUCCCGGGUUGCCGAACAAUGGAGAUGGAACGUCGCAAAUUGUUCGGAAGAUGGCGGCCUGACGGUCGCUUCGCAGCUGUUGGGCAGUGGUGAUGGCCAGAAUAUCGGAUGGCUUACCACAGGCCAAUUGGCGGUUUCCGGUCUUCGACCGGGCAAUGGAUGAAAGUGGCCAAUAUGACGGAUGGGCCAACGGGUUUCUGUCCAACUUUGGCGUAACGGAAGGAAGGUGCGCUUGCACGAAGCAGGAGGGGGGGGGGGUGUUGUCACCUCGGCCGUCCUGCGGUUUUCGGAACUUGUUCCGAAGAAAGAAAAGAAAGAAGAGAAAGGCCCGCUUGCGGACCUAUUCACAGUGAUUAGCACCCUAAUGCGACGCCAUCUUCUACCACUUGCACAAUUACAAUUCAUUUUGCACAAUUUACCUUUCUCUUUUUAAGCUUUUUCAUACAUUUCACAAAACAUUUUCGGUCGGGCACAUUUUCAGCAAAGGACUAUAAAAGAUCUUUUCAUAUAAUAAAGGCUAAUACAAUUUCACAAUUAACACCAACCGUAUUGUAAAUUUUCCAUCGAUUAUCGGACUUUUUCGUACUUUUGCCCGUACUACUAGUUUUUAAGGACAACUAGUUUUAACUUCUAUAAAAAGCAACACAUUAAUUAAUAAGUUUUAACACAUAGGAAUAUAACAAUUUUACUUUUUAACGCUUGAACUACACACGACGCGCACUUCUAAAUCUUCCACUGGUUGGAACAGAAAAGAAGCUUUCUUGGCAAUGGCUGAGUAUUUAUAAGCUAAAUUGUAAGGACGGAGUACAAAUAACAUUCCAAACAAACAUGAUAUUUGCAUACAUAGGGAAAGCCUCACCUUUUAAUGUAAACCCGUGUAAUUACAUUAGCACCAUCUAUGUAUCAAAUCAUGAUACAUUGGGCAAGCGUUUGUCAUGACACAUUGAUCAAACUGCUGCAAAGUAGUAUCACUCUUCAGAGAAAUGAGUGGAAAAAGAGCGUGAGUGCCUCACAUGUCAAACGAAUUGCGUGAUUGAUCCCUCACUCUAUGCUGUCAUUUUGGAAUUCUAGGGUGGGACAAAUAAUUGGGAUUUGCGGUGGAGCCAGCAAAUAUGCCUUUUGGAACCGAACGGUUACAGAGCUGAUGAAAUUCGUAAAUGAUUGCCGUAAACCAAAACGAAAACUUGCCCCAAAUUGUUAAGGUCAACAUGACCCAGUCAGGCACGCUGAAUGUACACUACGCUAUCGUGGUGCAAAAAUUCUAACAUCUUAGGAGGGUUAAACAAAUAUUUACUUAUAAUGUCUAAUUCAAGUGUCGAUAAUCAUUCAAAUAUUUCGCUGUACACACUACAAAAAUCAUUUCCGCGCCAAAUCCGCGCGAGGGCCAAAUUCCAUGGGUAAAUCCGCGCUAAAACCGCAGAAAAUCGCGAAAUCCGCGGAAUUCGCGAAAUCCGCGCUGUUGUAACAACCCUGUCUGUACCAACAGACAGGCUGUUCUUCUACUUAUUUUUCUUGGAGUUGAAAAAGGUUUUUUUUUCAUGAUAAUGCAGUUUAGUGUUAGAAAUAGUAUUGAGAGGCCGUGGAAUGAGUGGUAUAUUAGAUAAAGCUCGAUUCAACCUGAAAGGAUGAACUAUGUUCUGUUUCACAACACGCGUUUUUGUGGCGGAGAUUGGAUAGUUCUGCCAACAUGUAUUGGUUGAUGUCCACGGCGAAAGGAGUGAUGUUAGAUCUUAAGUUGUACGUUUCUCUAGGCAAUGAUUGUAUAUGGAGCAUUGCGGAGUUUUAAACCACAAGAGCGGGUCUUACUUGAAAGAUACAUGAUUUUUUCUUAUGGGGUCAUGGUACCUGAGUUUGAUUUGAGAAGCAGCGUGAUUGAGGAGUAUACUAUCACUGUGACCCAAAUUACAGGAAUGUGGAAAAAUGUAUUGCUGGACAGUGUUAAAAUUGUGUUGGUGCAUACGAGCGGUGAUCCACAGUUAAUAAGCCAACAAAUUGUAGUUGGCUUAGACUAGUUUGUGUAUUAUUAUCCUAAAACAAUUUUCCAGAUUGCGGAAGUUUUUCUUUAGGGAGUCACAUAACGGUGAUUCAUCUAUGAUACAGCAGUAGUAUCUGCACCAUUUUUAGUGCACAAUUUCUUCGAAUUUUCGGACAGAGAUUGCUAUUGAGUACAAGUCGGGUACUUUUGGCUAAUGGGCGUUUAGAGUUGCAUAGUAUAGUGGUGUACCAUACCGAUCCCCAAACGCUACAGUGGUCGUUCGCUCAGUGCAAGUGCUUUAACUGUAAGGGGGCCUACACACCAGUCAAACGGUUGGUCAAACAUCGUGUGGCCAAAAAACAGUUCGCUCCGAUUGACGCAAUGUUUGUCACUAUCUAUCAAACAUAGCUCAAGUCUGAGCGAGUUGUUCGACCGUGCGGCCAGGUUUGACCAACCGUUUGACUGGUGUGUAGCCCCCCUAAUGCAUUUUAACUGAAGGUCCGCUAAGUGCAACAGUUUUGCAGCUGUCGUGCCGCUGUCCUUCAAAGUUAAGCGUCAGCAACGAUACGAUGUUUUUCGCAUGCAUUUGCGUUGCAGUGCGAUGUUUUUCGAUUACACUUUGUUUGCAUUUUGCAGCAACUGACAGUUCUUAGACAUCUGUCAGCUGUUGCAGUUGUCGGGUUCCAUUCGGUGGGCGAUGCGUAGACAUGUUGCCGUUAUCGAGCGGCUACUGUACUUGAAAUGUGUUGUUUGUUUGAAAUAUGUCCUAAUGGUAGUUCAAUGUAAGGAGGGGAGAAAGUUAAAAGUGAAUCGGUAGCAGUGGAAAAAAUAGAAGAUGGCUCAAGCAUUGAAGUGUCACACCGAGAAAUUGAAGAGCAUAAUGGAGGUGUGGUGCCAUUGAUUGUUUAUAAGAAGGUGUUUUUGCAAGUGUGUAGCUGGGCAUUUUAAUUGUUAUAUUUGAUAGGGCUGCUAUGCAAGAAUAAAUAAAAAUGAAGAGGAGUGAUAUUAAGCUAAACCCAAAUGAUAGAGAUGCCAUGUGAUAUUUGAACAUGAAAUUGAGUUCCUAGGGGUCGUACACAAAUUACGUCACGGGGGAGGGGGGUUUCGCAGAGCGUGACGACCCUUACAAAAAAUAUUGAGGUCCCAUACAAAAAGUGUGACAUAGGGGGGAGGGGGGUUUGAAAAAGGUCGAUUUUUGCGUGACAUAAUUUGUGUAUCACCCCCUAUGAAUAUUGCAGUAUUGACUGACAUUGAACAAAGAUUUGGUGUAAAUGUUCCAAAGCGCUGGUGUAUGUCACGUUGAUAUUUGGAUGCAGCGAAAAAUUGGGAUUGAGAGAGAGAGAGUUUCGCGAUUGGAUGAACUUAUUGUAUUGAUGUACGUAGACUGUGAAUGGAAGAUGUGGAGAUAAUGCCACUAAAACGGAUGGCGAGAUGCCCGGAUAAAAACCAUUCACUUUUCCGAAACAUUAUUUUUCCGUGCAUUUUUAAUUAUUUAUUCAGUUUUAGAUUUUUUCCGCGCUUUGUUUUGUUGAUCUUUGUGACUUUUAUGAUGCAAAGGAAAGGAAAGAAAAAAGUGAAUAAGUUGAAACAUCAAUUUAAAGUCAAUAAAAUGUUUAAAUAAGUAGUAAACCAGAUGUCUUAAGAAUCGCAGAUCCAAGAGAUAUGGCGGGCUAGGUAUGUAGAGUGCGAUGAGAGGAAUACGAUUGACGAACUUUAUCUUUGACGUAGAGCCAUCUUUAACAUAUGGACUGGACUGAAUACUGAAAGAAAUUCUAAUAUAGGUUCGUCUGUGGGUUCGCUUCUUAACCUAACUUAUACUUGAAUCGAACUUGACAGUUUUCUAUUGAGUUGUUAAAUACAUAUGUACGUGUAUUUCAAACUUUAGUCAAACUGGAGCCUCAAUAUUGCAAUAACGGUUAAGCACGCUGUAAUGAUACUUAUGUACCUCGUCACCCACUUCAUGCAACUACAUUAGUGGUCUAAUAAUGCUUAGCGCGCUCGGCAUAGUUCCAUCAUGCCGCUCAAAGUGUUGCCACAAAUAAUGCUUAGUUUGCGAAACCCGGUUAUCUGGCUGGUGGGGCAUGGGAGCCUAAGCUUCAACUGUUAAUGCAAUCAGAGACUACUCAGACCUCGACUCAGACUUAGACGUGGGCAAUCCAAUAUAUGAAAGGUUAUCCAAAACGCUCUGGAAAAUUCCCAAAACGCAUUCUCAUAAUGCAAGUAAGCCUAAGAUGCCAUUAACAGGAGGAAAAUGACAAGAUAAUAUAACAUUACAUGGUUUAUGUAAUGUAUACCAAUACAACAUAACAAAAGAGAACCAUUCCAAAACCAUUUAAUAAAAUGUAUAACCAGUGGUGAAACUACAAUUAAAAACAAUAUAUUUACGGUACAUUUUGUUGUUUGAAACCAUAUGUGUACCGUACAAUGUACGGUUUAUUAAAACCCACGUAUCAGUAUUUAUAACAAUUCAUUUACAAUAUAAUGUAUGGUUUUGCAAAAAAAUAUAUAUGGAGAAAAAUAUUUUUUUAUAUUGUUACGAUACUUAACAACCCGUAUAGUAUAUUGUAAAAAUCUUAUUUACAAUUUACUGUAUGGUGUUCUACAUUACAUUUUAUUGUUUUUGUAUUUUUAUUUUUACAGUGGUUUCUAUUGUAAAAAUAUGGUUUUAAAUAGUACUGUUACAAUACAACGUUCGGUUUUUCUACUGUAUUUUUUAUUCGGGUGUGUACCAGUCACUUGGAAUUCAUGAAUACAUACUUCAUCUGUGACUUUGGAUUUGCCUACAGCUUGUCUAUUGCAGGUUUCACACCCUUUGAUUGUCGCAACUUAUAAUAGUCUUACUCAGUUCUAUACCAGUGCUCUGAAUGAUCCAACAAGAUGUGUGCUGCUUGAAUUAGUUAUUUGAGCAGCAAUGAGAAUGAUGGACUGUACCUGAAGUAUGUGUUAUUGAUGGACAUCAGUUAGUUAGUUUAGGGUUUGAAUUACUUUUGACUUGAACACUGAAGUAGGAAUAAAAUCAAGGAAGUAUUAAUAACUAUUGCAAACAUUCUAAAGAAAAUGAGGGAUGUAACGGUCAUACUGAAUACGCAUAUUUAACGCUAGUGGUUGCUCCCUCGUUUGAUAAUCUAGCGCUCACACAUAUACGCUUGAGAGAGUCUGUCAACCGUCGGACGGCGACAGUAAUGGUCAGUCUUAAAGACACUAUGCUAAAGACACGAAAUCUGAUGAUUGUUGCUGUUGAUGAUGAUUGUCAUGACAAUGAUGCUGUCGAGUAAUCAGUAAUGCUUUUAAAGCGCGUUUGACAGGUCUCCUGCUCGAUUGGAAUGACAUUGACAGCAAAUUUGAAAUUCCAAUUGGAACAUUUCGUGUCUUUGCAUAUAGUGUCUUUAGUCAGUCUGGCUUCGGACACACAAGAUGGCAGACGCAUUCUCGAGACACGAACAAACGUGUAUCACGCAUUCGGCUGGUUGAUUCGGCUGAUCACGCGGACAUUUUGUCGGGACGUUACAUGAUCCAACGAACGGAUUUUUGUUUUGUUUUAUUAGCAGCACUGUAGCUGCUGCCUUGGCUGUUGCUGUUUCUGGGGGUGGUGAUGCCUCCCGUCACCCCGUGCAACAACGGCAGCAGCAGUGCUGCUGAUAAAACAAAACAAAAAGCCGUUCGUUGGAUCACUAAUCGAUAAUAAAUCAUUAACUUUUUCCACAAGCAUCUAAUCGUUUUGCGGUCUUCGAAGGAAAGUUUCAUAAAUGAUUUUUCUACAAGAAGCAUUGAUCGAUUUGAAUUAAAGAGACAUAGGGCGACCUCUAGGAUUUUUAGUUUGAAAGUGUAACUUUUCCCAUAGUAAAUCCUAUGCAAUCUUUAAACUGCUUGCGCUAAACUAUAGUUUCACCGAUUGCGCUGAAAUUUUGUACAGUUCAUAUGGGACCUGAAUGGGAUCUGUAGGGUUGCCCCCUGAAUGCGACCCUGACGAAGAGGAAUGACAAUGCAAGGGGAAAAGAAGAGACAUGACGUUUGGGGAGAGAUAUACAAGUGACGGGAGCGAUCGGGUGUGCUUGGCUUCGGCUGGUGUAUAUUGAAAGUGAAAGAAUAAAGAAAUUAAAGAUUAAUCAAAAGUAAUCUGUGUGUUUUGUUCUCUACAAAUUUGGCGACGAGGAUUGCGGUUCGAGGUGAGUGAAAAGAGAAACGAAUUAUAAUAAAAAAUCUAGUUUGAAACGGUGACACGAUCGGCUGAAAAAAGCCAGCACGGCAUGAUGGCGAUUCUACUGGUAGAAGAGUACGUGGUGAGCUCACAGGGUGGCAUAUUGGUGUUAGUGUGCGUAUGCUGAGGGAUAGGUUUUGUUUUUCUUGAAAAUGGGGAUGCUCAAUAAUAUCGGAAAUUGAUGGAUCGAUUAAUGAAUGCGGGAAUUUAAAAUUAAAUGAAAGCGGUUGGCAUUAGUUGUACCUGUAAGAGCAGUAUAUAAACAUUUAUUGUUGUUUGGUUCGUACCUGCCGCUUGGCAGGAGGUGAGCUGAUGUUCACGGGUAACAAAAUUGACAAAGCUAAAUAUGUUUGUACCUACCUAAAAAGGCAGGAGGUGAGCUAAUGUUCACGGGUAACAAAACUGACAAAGCUAAAUAUGUUUGUACCUACCUAAAAAGGCAGGAUGUGAGCGAAUGUUCACGGGUAUGAUUAUGCGUAUUGAGUUGUUUGUACCUGUCGAGCAACGGCAGGAGGUGAACUAACUGUUCACGGGCAAGAGGAUGUACCUGUAAACAGGAGGUGAAAUCUUAUUUCACGGGUUGUACCUGCGGUUUUGCAGCAGGAGGUGAGCGUGGGGCCAUGCGAAGUGUGAUAAAAGUUAUGCUCAAGCUCACGGGAACUUUAAUUUAAUUAAUUUACCAUAGAACUUUGGAUUCAAGCGAGAUAUAGCAUUGUGGGAAUUCGUAUUAUUUUUUACAGAUGGAAGACAGCCGUCCAAUGCCACCUUUCAGAUGUGAUGACAUCGAAAAGCAAAAGCUGUGUAAAGAAUGGAGAAUCUGGAAAGGAGCAUUGGAGUGCUAUUUCGACGCCUAUGAAAUUACGGACCAACGGAAAAAACGAGCCAAACUUCUGCAUUUGGGUGGACCUCAAUUGCAGCGAAUUUUCCAAAACUUGCCUGAUCGUGAAAAUUUUCCUUUGGUCGCAAUUGAGAAACCAUGGUAUGAUGUUGCAAUUAAUGCUUUGGACACAUUUUUCGAACCAUGUCGACAAGAUUGUUUGGAGAGACACAAACUUCGACAAAUGAAACAAAAUGAAGGGGAAAGGUGAGGUCUAAUGUUUUUGUUCCUAGGUAAAGUAAAAAUAAUAAUAAUAAUUUGGCACGAUUUAGGUUUGCCGAUUUCGUUCUUCGCUUGCGGCAACAAGUUUCCGAUUGCGGUUUCGAGAAGUACACUAUGGAGGUACGUGAUGUGCUUACUGAAAUAUUUAUGAUUGAUGUCAUCGUCGAAGGUUGUUUGUCGCCGGAAUUGCGUCGGCGUAUUCUUCAGCAGGAUCGUUCUCUUGCGGAAGUUGAGGCUUUGGGCAUUACUCUCGAAGGCGUUGAACACCAAGUGAAGGAUUUUGGUAAAAAGGCUCAUGAUCCGCCCUUGAGUCAUCAGAUCAUGAAAAUCAGUAACAAUCCGUCAGUUAAAUUCCGUGGUCGUCCGACGGCGUACAGACCGUUGUCAAAUCGUUAUCGUCAAACAAAUAUUCAGGCAGGCGUUAGUUGCUUCAACUGUGGGCGGCGUGACCACAUUUCUUCGGCAGACAGUUGUCCAGCUAGAGGAAAAGUUUGCCACUCAUGCAACCGAGUUGGACAUUUCGAGUCUCGUUGCCGAUUCCGGAAAUCUCAAACCAAAUCAUCGAUUCCUACGAAACAGGUCCGAUCAAUCGAAAAGGAAACAGAUCCGAUCGAUAAGCCGAUGCUGGAGGAAGCGUGCAAGACAUACUACACUUUCUACACAGGCAACGAUUCAAACGUAAUGCAGUGCGAGGUCGGUGGAGUUGGUUUGGAUCUUCUCAUCGAUUCAGGGUCUGAUGCGAACUUGAUCACGGAUACAGUGUGGGAAAACCUGAAACAGCGAAAAGUAACAGUAACUGAUUGUGUCAAGGGCAGCAACAGAGUUUUGCGCGGAUAUGCUAGCGAUGUUCCGUUGACGAUUUUGGGAACAUUUGUUGCGGAUGUUAAAGUUGGGAAGAAAGUCACUCGAGCGGAGUUUUAUGUCAUCAAAGAUGGACAGCGAUGUUUGCUAGGAGACAAAACAGCGAAAGACCUGGGAAUAUUGAGAAUCGGGCUGGACAUCCAACAAGUCGAACAAUCCGAUAAACCGUUUUCCAAAAUCCGAGAUGUACAAGUUCAGAUACAUAUGGACGCUGCAGCGAAACCUGUUUUCCAGCCACUCAGGCGUAUCCCUAUGCCUUUGGAUAACGCGGUCAAUCGCAAAUUGGAGCAACUCCUGAACAGGGAUAUAAUUGAGAGGAAGGAAGGCCCGGCGUCUUGGGUGUCUCCGUUAGUCGUGGUGGGAAAAUCCAACGGUGAGCCUAGGGUCUGCCUCGACUUGCGUCGGGUUAACGAGGCCGUGCUCCGCGAGCGUCAUCCGAUGCCGACAGUUGAUGACUAUCUGUCCAGACUAGGAGAGGGGAAGUACUGGAGCAAACUUGACAUAAAAGAGGCGUUUCUGCAGGUCGAGUUAGCUCCUGAGUCCAGGGACGUCACGACAUUUAUCACAAACACAGGGCUGUAUCGCUUCAAGAGACUCCCGUUUGGACUCGUCACGGCACCGGAAGUGUUCCAAAAGGUCAUGGACCAAAUAUUAACAGGAUGUCCAGGAACAAUGUGGUAUUUGGAUGACGUAAUUGUUGAAGGGGAUGAUCUUGAGCAGCACGAUGCGCGAUUGAAAGAGGUAGUUUGAAAACAAACAUGUAAGCGAUUUGUAAGCUGUGAAUAAAUACAUUUUGAAUUUUUCAUAAUCUAGGUGUUAAAAAGAUUCAAAGAACGUGGCAUUGAACUUAAUUGGGAUAAAUGUGUUUUCCGCGCAACAGAAAUGGAUUUUCUGGGACACCGAAUAACCGAAUCGGGAAUUUCUCCAUCUCCAACCAAAAUUAACUCAAUUUUGUCAUUCCGUCCACCUGAAAAUGAAGCUGAGAUACGCAGUUUUCUUGGGCUGGCUAAUUAUUUGAACAAAUUUGUUCCUAAUUUGGCCACUCUCGACGCACCGUUAAGAGAAUUAACAAAGAAGGGGGUUCAGUUUGUGUGGACUCCGCAAAACCAGGAAUCUUUCGACAGAAUCAAACUGGAAAUGUCAAAAGCGCUAGAGCUGGGGUUUUUCAACAAAAACGAUCGUACUUCAGUGAUGUCAGAUGCAAGCCCGCAUGGACUCGGGGCAAUUCUGAUGCAAACCAACAAAGACGGCACUAGCAGAGUGAUUUGUUGUGCCUCAAAAUCACUAACAGACACUGAAAAAAGAUACUGCCAGACGGAGAAGGAAGCGCUUCCCAUCGUCUGGAGUGUCGAGAGGUUCCAGACAUAUUUGUAUGGGAAGGAGUUCACAAUUUUGACUGAUUGUAAGGCACUGGAAUAUCUUUUUACUCAUCGCUCACGACCAUGUGCCAGGAUUGAACGAUGGGUACUUCGACUGCAGGCAUUUGACUACAAAGUUGUGCACAUUCCUGGUGAAAAAAAUCUGGCCGAUGUUCUAUCCCGAUUAGGUACGCUACCACCUGUCCCAUUCGACUCCGCUGAAGAACUAAUGAUAAAACAGAUAGCCAUGUCUGCCGCUACUUCAGCGGCACUGAAGUGGGAAGAUAUAGCAGAGAAGUCUCGAACUGAUUCCGAAAUUCAGCUAAUUUUGAAAUGUCUUGAAGAGGACAAUGUGAAUGAGCUUCCGCUCCCAUUUCGAGUAGUAGCUAAUGAACUUUGUCGGUUCGGUGAUAUUUUGUUGCGGGUGGACAGGAUAGUUGUUCCUGAAUUGCGGAUUGAUCAUACUCGGUCAGAAGUAUAUGACCACGAUCGAUUGGAAAAAGCAAAAGGGAAAGAAUAUACAGAUGCGAAACGUAAAGCCCGGUAUAGUGAAAUCGUGAUUGGUGAUCGAGUUGUUGCAAAGCGUAUGCGUAAGGAUAAUAAACUCUGCACGGACUACUCGCCAGAGGAGUUUAUUGUCGUUCGUAAAUCCGGCGGUGAUGUCACCAUCAAGUCUGCAGAAAUUAAUAAGGAGUAUCGGCGAAAUGUGUCACACUUGAAAAGGCUCGAAAGGGCAGACGAAAACCCAUCAUCAGGCGAGGAAUUGCAAACAGCACCGCAAACCGAGGGAGAACAACAUGAAGGACGCGUUGGAAUUUCGGAAAAUGCAGCUGCGUCUUCCGGAGACAAGUUGGUGGACACAAAACGUAUUCGUAAGGAACCUGCAAAGUACAAGGAUUAUCUACCGCAUUGAAGAAGACAUAAAAUAUUCUUUGGGGGGGAUUGUAGGGUUGCCCCCUGAAUGCGACCCUGACGAAGAGGAAUGACAAUGCAAGGGGAAAAGAAGAGACAUGACGUUUGGGGAGAGAUAUACAAGUGACGGGAGCGAUCGGGUGUGCUUGGCUUCGGCUGGUGUAUAUUGAAAGUGAAAGAAUAAAGAAAUUAAAGAUUAAUCAAAAGUAAUCUGUGUGUUUUGUUCUCUACAGGAUCUAAAAAAUCGACUGGAGCGAGGAUUUAUUUUUUCCAUAUAAGCGUGUCUUAUACUACUAUGCAGUCGCUGAUUCCAGCACCGCGCUGACUGUUUGAGACCAUAAAUGCUCUUUUUCAACCGACACACCAUGCGCUACCUACCCUUCACUGUGUAUCCAGGCGGCUGUCUCAUAAAGAUCGCACUCUACAUAUGUACCUAGCCCGCCAUAUCUCUUGGAUCCGCAGUCCUUAGGACACCUGGUUUACCACUUAUUUAAACAUUUGUUUCAACUUAUUCACUUUUUUCCUCUUUCCUUUUCUUUGCAUCAAAAACGUCACGAACAUCAACAAAACAAAGCACGGAAAAAUCUAAAACUGAAUAAAUAAUUAAAAAUGUACGGAAAAAUAAUAUUUCGGAAAAGUGAAUGGUUUAAACGUAAGAAAAACAGUAUAAUACAUAUUUAUAUUGUUACAUAAAGAUCGGAUGUAAAUGUAUAGUAGCUACAAUGUGCGCAGCUUUAUGCGAACCAUUCCAUUACAAUGCACUUUAUUGUAGCUGGUACACUGUUUGCUACAAGAAUGGUUUUCACCAAAUACCCUAUGGUUAGUUUUUAUACGGGCUCAAACGCCGCUUCCAGCUUCGCCCAGACUUCCCUAGCAGACUUAGCCUCCUUCACAUGAACGUACUUAAUUGAUCGGGUCCAACAUGAGGAUGAUCUUCGCUCGAGCCCGACGAUCUUUCGCUGCAUUAACUGGUGGAUAGGCUCCGUCGGCAUCUGGUGUAGGUUUCACAACGUCCCACAAUUCUUCAAGCUCCAAAAAAGUUUCGACCGCAAAUCUCCAAGUCGUCCAAUUAUUGCGACCAGCCAAUUCUGGAGCUCGAUUUGAAUAGGUCGUAUGUACUUUUGUCGAUUAAAAAUUCGAUCAGUUGGAUUCGCUUAUUAUAGCGAAAACCGUUGAAAUUGAGCAAAGUUUAUACAUACAGCAGAAUCCUCACAAAACAGGCUUUCUGUUCCAUGAUUAAAAGUUUGCAAAAUAUCUGCCAUAUUGCUACAAUGACUAAAAUAAACUGAUCGAAUUUUAUAUCGACAAAAGCACAUACGACCUAUUCAAAUCGAGCUCCAGAAUUGUUCAAUUGAUGGAAUGUUUGGUAAAUGUUGCACUGGUGGCGCGGUUCGUGCGGGUUGCACAUAUUGCAGAACGUCUCCUUCUCCUUGAUAUGACAUCUUGAUAGAGCUUCGGAAUACUUUUCAAUCGAUCUUCAAUAACUAAGGCCCAUAACCUAAUGGGAAACUACCGUAGAAAGUAUAACUACCGUUUGGUUUGACAGUGUACGAAGGAAUGAACAAAAUUUAUUUUCUAUGUAUAGACGAGUGCACCGAUGAACAUUGAGUUCACUGAGCCUGAAAAUUUUUGACAGCACAGAGGGGUCGACUCCCAACAACUUCUACUCAGAGAUGCAUCACCAAAAUGCGCUGAUACAGUGACGAUUCGUUCGUUGAGAGCUCGUUAGAUGGGCUGUCUCGAUGGUUGAAUGUUCAUUAGUUGGGGCAAAACCCAACUAAAAAGCACUGUCAAUGUCAAAAUAGAUGUCAAAACGAGUUUGACGUCUGACCGCCGUUGCAUCACAGCUCCUGUAUACAGAACGUUUGCGCAAGUAUGUGAGUGUUUUUUGACAUAUUUCUCGUCACUUGCGUGUGUCUAGAGCAUUUUGAUCAGUUGUCAGUUGCCCCAACGAACGAACACGAUUCGCUAAUCGGGGGGCAGUCGUGACCCAACCAGCGAAUCCGGACUGUAAUAUUUUUCUUUGAUUUCUUACAUGAAUUUAAAUUUAAAGUCAUGCAAAUGCAUAUAGUUAAUGCACUAGCCCAUAUUUUUGCAACUUCAUCGCGAAAACUAGAUGCAAUAAAUUAAACAAAUUUUCAGCUGGGUAGAAGUUGUUGAGAGUCGACCCCGCUGUGGUGUCAAAAUUCGCGGCCCGAGUGAACUUUCAGCGGGCGGUGCACUCGUCUAUAGACGAGUGCACCGAUGAACUGAAUUCAUCGCGGUCCGAGAAUUUUGACACUACAGCGGGGUUGCUUCCAAUCAGA